GCAGCAAAGCAACGGAAUGAAUUCAUCCUGUCUCCAUUUCCUCCCAUGAGCGGCUCCAUUGCAUCCCUCCCUUUGGACACGCUGGUCCAAAUCCUCUGCAAACUCAACCAUGGCGACCUGAAACAGGCGCUUCUCGUCUCCAGAUCCUUCCACAAUGCCGUUCUCUUCGCUCGCCAAUCACAUUUUGAUUUCUCCACUCCUGCACCAAAUAAGAGGAUGGCACUCUCCGGGAUUUCAAUUGAUGGGAUCACGAGAAGCCCUCUGUUAAAAUUGAAUUGCAAGAAGGCCCCGAGGAAGCAGAAGAUGACUGAAGAAGAAGCAAGGAAGAUUGCGGUAGUGUUGUUCCCGACAGGAGAAUGCAUGAAGGAAGUGAUUCCUGAGACUGAAUGGGCGAAGAACAGCAUAGACUUGAGCGUCAGUGUUUCUGGUGCCAAUGUUUGAUGUCUGCACUUUUUGAAUUGUUCUGUUCUUGUGUUCUCUUUGAUUCUUUCGUUUCACUGGAUGUUGUUCUUGUGAGUUUGUAUUUGCUAUGUUUUCUAGUUCGGAUACUAAAUGAGACUGACUAACAACAUAGUCCCUACUUUUGGAAACAAAAGUGGGUGACAGGAUCACUAUGUAACUGCAAUUUUCAGUAACUAGUAAGUUCAGAAUUUAACAUGCUGCAAAUCUAUUUUUAAGGAUUAUCUGCAUUGACAUCAACACAGUGUCUUGUUAUUGAAAAGUAAAUAUGUAAGAUAAAUACUAACAUGCAAAAUUCAGUAACUAUUAAGUUUGGGUUUCACAUGCUGCAAAUCUAUUUUAAGGAUUACCUGCAUUGACGUCAACACAGUGUCUUGUUACCGAAAGUAAAAAUGUGAGAUAGAAAU